ACCCUCCUGUGCGCGUCCUCGUGAGUCAGGAAAUAUGGCGGCGCUCACGCCACUCAGUCAGUUGUCAAGUGGAAACCCUGCAUAUGAGAGCCUCUACAGACAGGUGGAUCCAGCAAACACUGGAAGAGUUGGAGCUGCAGAAGCUGCUCAGUUCCUGAAGAAAUCCGGGCUUUCAGACAGCACAUUGGGACAGAUCUGGGAUCUGUCCGAUCCAGACAGAAAAGGUUACUUGGAUAAAAAGGGCUUCUUCACUGCUCUGAGACUGGUGGCGUCUGCUCAAGGAGGAAGUGAUCUCAGUCUGAACAGUUUAAGCCAGAACAUCUCCGCACCCAUGCCUAAAUUUAGAGAUACUGGCAGUCCAUCGCUGAAUAUUACAGGCUCUUCUGCUGAUUCUAGCUGGACAGUGAAGCCGGAAGAUAAGGCAAAGUAUGAUGGGAUAUUUGAGAGUCUGUCUCCGAUUGGUGGGCUGCUGUCAGGUGACAAAGUGAAACCAAUCCUCAUGAACUCAAACCUGCCUCUGGAUGUGCUUGGAAAGAUUUGGGAUCUCAGUGAUAUUGACAAAGAUGGAAGCUUGGAUAAAGAGGAGUUUUCAGUGGCGAUGCAUCUGGUUUACGCAGCCAGGGAGAAGGAGCCUAUGCCAUCCAGCCUUCCUACAUCUCUCAUCCCUCCAUCCAAGCGUAAAAAGAUAGCAGGUGCUCUUCCGGGAUCCGUUCCUGUUCUUCCCUCCAGUCCGUUCCUCCUCAAGGAAAACCUGCGGCCCACGCCGGCACUCUCCAAGAGUCCUCUGGGCAGCAGCACAAAUCUAUCUCCAUCAAAUUCCUUCAAUCGCUCCACCCCGACUCCACCACAAACACAAACACAGGCGGCGUCUGAUCACUGGGUGGUGCCGGCGGAUGACAGAGAGCAGUACGAGGAGAUCUUUGAACUGGCAGACUCUGAUUUCGAUGGGAUGGUUGGAGGAGGUGAAGUGAAGGACAUUUUUAUGAACUCUCGUUUGCCGCAGAGCGUCCUGGCACACAUAUGGUCGCUGGCAGACACUAAGGGCACUGGCAAACUCACCAAAGAGCAGUUCUGUCUGGCGAUGCAUUUGAUUCAGGAGAGGGUUAAAGGAGUGGAUCCUCCGCAGAGUCUGACUCCUGAAAUGAUCCCGCCGUCAGAAAGAGGAGCUGCCAACACACCUAUUCUCUCUGCAUACACUCCGUCAGUUGGGUCAGAAUUGACAACAUUGACGCCAUUGACCAAUUUUAGCAGGGACACUGGCAGCAGUUCAGUUGGAAAAGUUGAGCUGUUGGGAAUCAAGGAUCUGGAUGACAUCAGCCAGGAAAUCUCACAGCUGCAGAGUGAGAAACGCGUGUUAGAGACUGAAAUCAGGCAGAAAGAGGAAGUCCUGCGACAGAGGAACAGCGAAAUCCAGGAGGAGCAAAGAGGCCUGGAGCGUGAGAAUGUGGAUCUGCAGGAACUGGAGCAUCAGAAACGAGACGCUCAGGAUCGACUGAAUGAGAUGGAGAUGCAGAGAGUCAAACUCCAGAGCUCACUGGACGAGACCAAGAGCAAGUGGCAGGAGGAGAACGCCAAGAUUUCAUCUCUGCAGACUCAGAUCUUGUCUCAGGAGUCAGACGUGCAGACGCAGGAGAAGGAGAUGAGCAGAACUAAGACAGAUCUGUACUGUCUGGAGCAGGAGGAGCAGCGGCUGGAGGACAGUCUGCGCGCUGGAAAAGCCAAACUUGACAGCAUCCUCAAACUGCUCAAGACAUCACAGGACGAGAUGGACCAGACUCGCAGCGAGCUCAGUCUGAUCCAGGAGAGUCAGCGGGAGCUCAAUAAGAGCAUCGAGCGCUACAGUAAAGCUCUGACCGAUAACAUGAGUCUGACAGACCUGGAGCAGAUCAUCGCUGAGGAAAACAACAGCAGCAGCACUGAAGCCAAGGAGGAUUCAUUGGUUAAAUCCAGGAUGGCCAUGUUUAACAGCAGCAGCUCUAAAGCAGUCACUUCAGACCCUUUCCAGAGCGAAGACCCCUUCAAAAGCGACCUCUUCAGUAAAGCUGAUCCGUUUGGAGGAGAUCCAUUCAAGCAGAAUGACCCGUUUAAAGACCCCUUCGCUAAUUCUGAUCCUUUUGGAGAAAGUUCAUCAAGUCAACUCAAGGCCAGUCCUUUCACCAGACGAAUCAGCCAGACGUCAAUGAGUCCAAAACCCAAAGACUCAGAUCCGUUCGCUGCGGCAGACCCGUUCAGUGGCGACGCUUUUGGAGGGAAAGGAGGUUUCGCUGAUUUUUCUCACAUGUCAAAGAGUUCAGAGUCGAUAAACCGAAGGCCGACAUACCCAUUGCCUCCUCCGAAAAAAACGGGACCACAGAGACCAGCGCCGCCGCCGUACGUUUCAGGGAAGAAUACAUCCGUCACGAAUAACUCUUCAGUGGUUCAUAAUCAAGGGUUUGGUGCUCCGGCUAUUCAAAAGACACACACAGAACGAGGGUCUUCAGGGUUACGGUCUGCUGGUAACCCGUCCUCAGAAUUUAGAGCUUUCGGAAGUGAGGCGCAGCAGCUGGAAUGGGCCAAACGGGAGAGUCAGCGGGAGGAGGCGGAGCGAAUCCGGAGACUCCGCCUCCAGGAGGAGCAGGAUCUUGAACUGGCCCUCGCUCUCAGUCGAGCUCAGAUGCCCAGAAGCUGAAACUGCUACUGGAUGCGUUUUUCAAUUUCUACUGGCAAUCACAUCUCAGGUUUGCUGAUCAAUGUCACGCUACAAAUGCCGAAGACACCCGGAACUAAUGAAGUGC